GCUCUCCAUCAUCGGGAAGAGCAUCUUCGCGGCAAAGUAAGAGCCGCGUGGCUCGUUUGGGCAGCGAAGGAGGAAGAGAGGCAGACAGGAGGUGGUGAGGGAGGCUUUUCUGGGGGGUGACGCAGAGAGCUCUCUCCCUCCCGAGGGGUCUCUUCCUCCCCCCUCCCCCUCCUCCAGACAUACAUACAUACGCACACACAGUGGAAGCCACGUCGAGAGCAGCAGAGAUGUCUUCGGAGAAAACAGGACUCCCAGAUUCUACCCCACACACCUCCCCUCCGCCCUACAACACCCCUUUGCAGCCUCCUCCUCCUCCCCCACAAGAUGCCCCCAUCCCCGGUUACAGUGACCCCCCUCUCACGACCGUGCACUCUGGCACCGCCACAUUGCCCCGGCUUGGAGGGGCUGCUACCCUGCCUCGCCCUCCCCCUACUUCAGCCACCCUUCCACGCCCGCCCCGCCACCAUUCAGCCACCCUGCCUCGCCUUCCCCCUGAUCCCUACAUGCAGGAGACUCAGUUCAAUGGGGGCCCCCAGGGCUAUGUGGUGCAGACUCAUCCAUCUGUUGGGACCCUACCAAUUGGAGGCUAUAUGCACCCGGGAUACCCUGUCCAACUGCAGCCCUGCACGGCAUAUCUACCAGUCUACCCUGUAGGGGCGCCCUACCCUCCGGCCAACCCUCCUCCUCCUCCACCAACUCUGUCCCCGACACAGAUGACCCCUGGCAUUGCCAUCCUGGAGCCGCGGCGCCCACCACACGAUUACCUUCCCAUCGCUGUCCUCACCACCAUCUGCUGCUUCUGGCCCACGGGCAUCAUUGCUAUCAUCAAGGCUGUGCAGGUGCGGACUGCAGUUGCUCGCGGCGACAUCGUCUCGGCAGAAAUCGCCUCAAGGGAGGCCCGCAACUUUUCUUUCAUCAGCCUGGCUGUGGGCAUUGCUGCCAUGGUCCUGUGCACCAUCCUCACUGUGGUGAUCAUCAUUGCUGCCCAGCACCAUGACAACGACUGGGACCCUUAGCGAUCAACAACCUGCCUUUCGCCUACUCCUGACCAACUGGUGUCAACAAGCCCUGAAAAAACCCUGGCAACCAUUGCUCCCAAGGAUGGUCCUUGGCAACUGUCUCCCCUGCGGUCCUUAGCAACCGUCUUCUCCCCCUGCCAACGAUACUUGGAAUGCUUGGCAACAGUCUCUCUCACAGUCCUUGACUACUGUUAGCUGCAUUAAUAGUACCUAUUCAGCAGAUGACUUCCAGACGAUGAUAUUCAGACCGAAUGCUGACACAUCCGAGGAGCCAUAAGCUAGGGCUCCUAACAACACGUUUUCCAGCCUGCCAAUUUUUUCUUUUUUUAAAAAAAAACACACCAAAAUACUUUGCUUGCUUCUUUCCUUCUCAAGGAGUAGGCUCCGCUCUCUUCUGUCCACGGCAACAACUAUAUUCCUUCUGUUGCAUUUGCAUGCCUACUGUUGCCCCCAUAUACAGAACGACACACCCGCCUGUGUCUUGAUUAAGCUAUCCUCUGCAUCCACAAUUGCUUUCUGGCACUUCUGCAAAGUAAAAGAAGGUCGGCAUCUUGUCAGCUCGUGUAGCCUAGUAAGAUGCGACUCUGUAGCGCUCUGCAAAUGUUGUUGUUCCUGUUCUUCAGCUGCUUCUCCCAUCAUGCAUUAGAGUCCUUCAGUAGGAGGUGGAGCGACCUAAUAUUUGGGGGGCUCAUGUCUCUACCUCCCUUUAUUUUGUUUUCCUCCCAAAUCCCCCCUCCCUCUCUGCACUAUAUAAUACAGCCUUACUCUGUCAUCUAUAUUUUAGGUAGGAAAGACUCAAUUACUUCCAAAAUAUAUUGAUUCCUAAACCCUUCCUUCAAUAUUCAACAUAGCUGUCCAAAACAAUCAUGUGAUUGUCCCCCUACCCAUCUCAGAUAUUCAGUUGGGCAUUAGCUCCUAUCUGCUCAGCCCGCAUCAAUGGCUGAGUAUGCAGAAUACAUUUAAAGCACAUUUCCCUCAAAGAAUCCUGGGAACUGUAAUUUGUUAAGGGUGCUGGGAAUUGUAUCUCUGUAAGCGGUAAACUACAGUUCCCAGGAUUCUUUGUGGGGGAAGCCACAUGUUUUAAAUGUGGAUGCGACUAUGGUCUAUUUGAAGGGCAUUCUGUAUUGCUGAAAGCAGCUCUCUUUUUGUGCCCCUCCAUUUCAUGUAACUCUUCCUUUAAAAACUUUCCAUCAAGACAGAAAGAGGAAAAUGAGGCAGGGAGGGGGAAUUCCUCUCUUCUUCCAUCGGGGGGGGGGGGGAAUGAUGGCUAUUUAAAACCUUGCAUGCAUUCAUUUAUUUGGAUUUCCUCCCACCUUGUUCUAAAUGUUUGGGAUAGAUUACAAUAUCAGGAAUGCAGGGGUCCUACUGGGAGGAAGGGCAGGAUGUAAAUCUAAUAAACAAAUACAUAAAAUUAUUCAUCUCUCACCCACAUAGCUGUUUUAGAUCCUGGCUUUAUAGAGAUAAUGAUCAGUAGUUUAAAGCUUUUAUUUAGAGAGCCAGCUUCUUUCCUCGCUGCCACAUUAAAAACAUACCACAAACUUUUUUUUUUAAAAAAAAGAGGGGACAUGAAGGGGAAACUAUAUUAUGGGGAAUUAACAGCACAUCCUCAAAAAGCAGCAUGAAAUAUAUGGUCAGGCACUUUCUAAAAGAUGCAGAAAGAGAAACAUAAAAAACAGCUGAAGGAAGAAAAUAGCCCACUCUGUGGGGUGCCACAACAACAAAAGACCUCAGGACGUGACAGUGGUAUUUCCAGUCAUCAGGAAGAAUCCAGGGCAAGAUUGCAAGAAAGUUGUUUUAUUUGUGCUAAGUAAGCCAGUAAGGUCUAGUAGUCUAUGGAUUGCAACCACUUCAGAUUACAGCGGUGGAGAUUGCUUUUUAUAUAUAUAUAUAGGUGGAGAUUGCUUUAUAUAUAUAUUUAUAUAUAAUAUAAUAUAUAUAUAUAUAAUGCUCCCCUACCUUAAAGACACCAUCUACAUAGAGCCAGUGUGGUGUAGUGGUUAAGAGUAUUUAUUUGUAGCAUUCUGAUCCUGUUCUUCAGACAGCUGGUAUAGUACAGUGGGGAGGAGAGCCUGGCUGAGAGUCCAGAGUCUGUGAGUUCAAAACCCCGCUCGUGUCUCCUGGGUGUCAAGGGCCAGAUAAAGAUCACCCCUAUGGUGGCUCAGGGGUUACGUGCCCUACCACCUGUGCAGCCGUGGGCAAGCUACAGAGUCCCAUGGAGCCCAGUUGCCCCCCAGCUGGCAGUUGCGGACAAGGAAGUGGCUGGCUUGUGCAGCUGUGGCAAGCUGAGCAGGCCCUAGCCAACUGGGGAGGGCUAGCCUCAGAGGGAGGCAAUGGUAAACCCCCUCUGAAUAUCGCUUACCAUGAAAACCCUAUUCAUAGGGUCGCCAUAAGUCGGGAUCGACUUGAAGGCAGUCCAUUUCCUUUCAAUCCUGUUCUUCAACCAAAAAUGACUCCCAGAGUGGCUUGCAAAUUUCAAUAAUAAGAUAGAGGAAGAAUAAUUAGAAGUGUUUGACCUAGUCCAGGGUUCACAUCCCCACUUGGCCACAAAGCUUACUGCAAGAUCGUCUCUCAGUCUAACCUACCUCACAGGGUUGUUGUGAGGAUUAAACAGACAGACCAUGUGUUCUGUCCUUAGCUGUUUGAAGGAUGGGAUAAAAUUGUAACAAGCAGCAAGUGAAGAGAUGAACAAGAUCCUUCUUAUUGGAAAAAGGUUUCUGUUUUUACAAGGGGUUUUUUUGAGGGGUGGGGGAAGAAGGGGAUGUUCAAACAUACUAAUCCACACCUGUGAUCUGAAAUUGUACAGUUUACUCUGUCACUUUGUCCUAUUACAUACACAGACCUAACCUUACAGGACAUUCAAUGUAUUAUGCUAAAUGAGACAGUGGAAUCCUGGACUAUACCACUUCAGUCUGCAGGUGGGGGAAGGGAUGCUUUUGAAUGCUUCUCCCAUAUACAAAACUCCCUGCAUGCAGUAAACUACUACAGCAGGGAAGAACUAUAAUAAACCUUGUGUGCUGAUAUUCCAGUUUGCUGUGUGCAGGGAAGGCUUUUGGGGUGUGUCGGUUCUUUUAAACAUGGAAUUAUACCAUCGUCAUUCUGUCUAACGUAGGUUUGGUGGUAUUCAGUGCAAGUCUUCUCAGCGUAAACCCAUCAAAGUUAAUGUACAUGACUUAGGCUCAUUAAUUUCACUGGAUGUACUCUGAGUAGGUUUUAGCUUAAUACCCCAUUGGCUCCAAGUGGCAGUGAGCAAAAUAUAAGGGGCUGUAUCCACCUAAGCUUUACUCAGAGUAGACCCAUUGAAAUUGAUGAAUUUAAGUUAGCGAUGUCUAUUGACUUCAGUGGGUCUACUUUGAAUAGGACUAGCACUCGAUACAACCCAAGAUAUUUGAGGCUAGAAACAGGCACACAAGCAUGUGUUUAUGUUGAAUGGAUCAGGCACUAAAAGGCGUCAUUAAAUCUGGGUAACGGCUGUUCUAUUUAUCAUUUCCAGACUGCCUCCUCCAUCCCAGACUCUGCCAAUAUUCUGUCAUAUGAACUCCCCAUUCAUUUCCCUUUUUUUCUUGAAUGUUGGACUCUGUGAUUAUAAUAUAUCUCUGUUUGCAAGUGACAUGGUUACAGAAUCUCUCUCUAUUACUUAAUA